AGUUGUUUUCUUUUUUAUGUCAUUUGGCAAAACGUUCAUCUUUGUUGCAAGCACAGAGGUAUAUGUGAUUGGUAUUAACCAACUUUUACGUAUAACAGCAUUCUCUUCCUCUCACUGUGGCUAUGAAUAAGAAGGAAACAACCUCCCUUUUACAUUUCGUUUAAUAAGGGCAUAGCCAGAUGUUUGAACUUAUAUACUUGUUUUAGUGGUGACAUUUUAUAGGUGCCAGCCACGUUAGAACGUUCCACUUCAUUAAGCCUGGAUUAUUUGGAGUGUAGCACAGUUAGGGUUAGUCCUUUAGGAAGUUAUAUACCAUCAGAUGGAAACUAGCUUUGGUGUUGUAGGGGCAAUGAAAAGAUUAAUUGAGAGGGAUAGGUGGUAUCUUUUAUAAAUCUCUUUUAUAUUACUCUUAUUUUACUGUUUAUUACUUUUGCUGCUGAGAGUUUCUUGAAAGAUUUCUUCAUGAUGUACUGGUGAUUUUUUUUUUUUUUUACAUUGUUACUAUCGUUUUAAGCAAUUAUAAACUGCCGUCCAGUUUGUAAAAGGUCUACGUGUAUCAAGGUAGGAAGGCAUUAUUUAUUUAUCUGGUUAUUAAAUUAAUACAUUGCAAUCCAGUGAUUAAAUGGCAAAAUUGGUGUGAGCGUAAACACAACCAAAAAGGUAUUUGUAACUUAAUUUAGCUCCUCUGCUACUUUCUUUAAGUUUAUUUAUUAUUUAUUUAUUUAUUAAAGUUUAUUUUAUGUUGAGAGAGACAGAGAUAGCGUGAGUACAGAGGGGGCAGAGAGAGAAAGAAGAGAGAGAGAGAGAGAAAGAGAGAGAGAGAGAGAGAGGGAAUCGUAAACAGACUCCAAGCUGCCAGCAUUGAGCCUGAUGCAGGGCUCAAACUCACCGAACCAUUAGAUCAUGACCUUGGACAAAACCAAGAGUCGGAUGCCUAAGGGACUGAGACACCCAGACGCCCCUCCUCUGCUCCUUUUAAAGAGAAAUAAACAACAAGGAGGUGGCUGUGAUGUGUGUGUGAGUGUGUGUGUGUGUGUGUGUGUGUGUGUGCGUGUGUGUGUGUGUAUUUGGCGGAUACACCGACCAUCUCUGUGUGUACGUUUAUUUACACACACACAUAAGUGCACAAAUCGUAUACCAGCUCGAAUUUCUUAUCUCACUGUACUUGAGUUGUUCAGUUCUGCGUCAAACAAGGCAAAUGAAACAGAGAUUUUGAGUGUUGGUAAGAGUGUGUGUGGGGGGGAGAGAGAGCGAGAGAAUUGUCACCUGACUGGCACUGGUCAUUUAGGAGGAAUAGCAAACUUUCCAAACCUCGCUUUUUAAAACCCAAAGGAACCAAAGCCUGCCUCUUCUGCGCCGCAGACCCUUUGCAUUUUGAACAUUUUAAGUAUAACUACGAUGAGUUUCGUUAACCAGUUCACUUGGUGUACAAGACUCUCUCUCUCUCUGUCUUUUUUUUCUUUUGAAGUAAAAUUAAGAGACGAUAAAUAAUAAUGUGAAACGGUCUCAGAAAAUCCUCCAACUUUUGUCAUCUUCCUUUAUAGUCACUAGAGGGUAGAAGAUGAUCAUUUCUUGCCACAGAGGGGAGCCCAGCUCCUGCUCUCCCAUAUUAAGAGCUUCUGUGACCAUCCGAAGCAGUAAAGUUUCCCGGCAUGCUUUGGAGAAGCCUGACAAAGCAGUAUUUUCUCGUUUAUUGAUUCUGCUUCUGCACUAAAAUACUGGUACUGUACAUCAAUAACCAUCUUUAGUUAGGGAGCUCCGGUCUGUGGAAGAAAACUGGCAGUUUGUGGAAGAACAUAAAGGCUAGAAAGAAAAAUUGUGAGCUUGGGGAAUAUUGGAGUCUAGGGAGGACAGGAGAGGUUAUGGAAGAAUGGCCAAAGGAAUGAAGAAGGAGAGAAAAAAUGUUGACGGCCUGGAUAAAGAUAUCAAAAAUAUGAAAGGAACAGUGGAUCCUGGAGAGCAGUAUUUAUAUCUGUACUGCAGAGUUGUGUCUGACCACAGCUGCUGUAUUCAUUUUUUUUUCUUUUCUUUUUUUUUUUUAUCCCUAUCAUGGUCGUUUCUAGAAUUUUGACUUCAGUGCGCUGGGCUCAGGGACUUAAUAAAUGCCCAGACCCUCCGUGCCUGUGUUUAAUAAAACCUUUGAUGAAUAGAGCUCGUUGAAUGCUACUCAUCAUCUUACAUGAGAGAUGCGGUUUAUAUCUUGGUGGAGAAUUUCAGUUGGCAGGUUAACUUUUCACAGCUUAGAGUUUGCAGGUUUUGGAGAGGAAAGUGAGAGAGCUCCUAAUUUCGCUUAUGAAAUUGAGUCACGUGGAAAAUCUGGAGGUCCUGUGAUUAACCUUCUGGAAGAGUAGUUAAAAUGCCCUGAUCAACCUAUCUUGGUAUUUUUAAACUGUCAGCUGCUUUUUUAGGAUUUCUAUAUUAUAUUUAAAAAUUAGGUAACAGAAGUUUGACAUAGAGAAGAUUACUCAGCUAUGAGUAUCUAAAAUGUUACCAGUCCUAAGUAAUAUAUUAUCUGUAAAAUGUUGUUGACUUUUUCACCUCAAUCUUAUUCUUUUAAUGGCUUAACUUUAUUUAGAUGAUUGCUUCUUAAGCCCCGUAAGUUUAUAAUUUUGCAUCCAUCCAUAGAGGCCAAGGACGGCAGACUGUCUUGUAAAGUGUUUUCUUACUACGUUGACCUUGACCGUAACGUAGUAAAUUUGUAGAGAUCGCCUUUAAAAGUAGGUUCAGAUUUCUCCCAAAGCCUCUGUUUACCUUCUGAUGAGCCUUUUUCACAUGAGAAUUGAGAAUUUGAUUUAAUAGGGCCUGAAUCAGAUAACUAGCUCUUUUUAGACAUUUAUUCUACACAAUCUUGGCUGUGAACAGAUCUAUUUCCAAACCUUCCUCUCUCUUUCUAAUGCAGGUAACACUUAACAGAGAUAGAAAAUUAACAGCAGUGACUUCUCUAAUAUCAGAUAGCUUAAUGGGGGGGGAACCCUGCAAAUCACUAACUGUAUUCAGAAAUCUGUGUACGUACAUCCACACCUACCUGCUUCCCCUGCACUUUCAUUUGGGUCUUUGUAGGUCCUGUGGCUGACCACAGUUCUUUAUUUACACUUUCUUUUACUUUAGAUGCAUUUCCCCUGUGAUGAGAACCUUGCGGGGUGGGGGUGGAGGGUUUUCGUACGAUUCAGUUUUCAGAAACAGAAAAAAAAAAUGUUUUCCCCACAAAAAUAUAUGCAGGCUCCCAUAAGCAGAUUCUGUGUCCGUUUUAGCCAGUUUGAUUUUAUCCUCAGUGCACAGGACCCCCGCGCAGGGCUUAGCCCACUUGUAGGGAGAAGCCACCUGGCGGCAUGUUAGAGAAUGAAGAAGGCACAGGAAGGGCCAGUGGCAUCCGUGGUGUCAGGUCAACGCCAUCAUACCCGCCUGCUCCGUGAAACACAAAACCCGGAAGGGUGAGGGCUUUAAGAGGGCCACUGCCUGCCAAUGUCACCCGGCUGUCCCCUGGCUGUCAGAUCCCGACCUGAAGCGUCUGCUGCUUAUGUCCCCUCCCACACCUCCUACAAGAAGAAAAAAAAAGGGGGGGACUAUUUUGCAUAGCCCUUCUUUUGACCACUGUUUCAUGCAGUUGUGGGUCCGCGAUCGGAGGGAAGAGACGCGACCUGGGCCAGUGUGACUUUUUUUUUCUUCUGCAUGAAAUCAGUUGGCCAAUGGUGCCAUUUUGGGGGCUGUUCAGCGUCCUCUUCUUCUGUCUUUGUUCCUGUUAUUCCAGGGGCUGAUAACCACAGGAUACGUUUUCUAGGUUCCCCUGCCAGGUGGCUUCCAGCUGGAAUUGGUAGGAGACUACAGGGUGGGAGAAUUUCCACGGUCAUCUCUCCUUUUGCCUUCUAUUUCACGUGGGGUCUUCGACACGGGCUGCAUUUUUCAUUUGCCCUUAGACCUGCUAUGGCUUCAGGGUGAGCCUGAUCCUUGUAUUGACUCUUCUUGCCUGGCCAGUCCCGGGUUUGCAGAAGUUCAGCCCUGACGGCGGAAGCCAGCCCUGUGUCUGUUUUCGCAAGCCACGCUGUAACACAGCGGUGUGCACCUGUGUAGGCGUCGUCUCUAACUGGCAGUGACAGAGUAUUGUAGUUGGGACAGAGACCUAGCGGCCUGAAGCCUAAAUUCUUACUCUCUGGACCUUGGCAGGGAAAGUUUGUCUUCCUCCCACUCCAGCCGGAGGAGGGUUAGGCUGUCCUUUUUUGUUGCUUACCUUAGGUAUUCUCAGCGUUGCCUCUUUGGUCUCUCGGCCGUCCCGCACCUGUUCUCUGCACGAUAUUCCCUCCACCUUCAGUCCCAGGAAUGGUUUUCUCUUUCUGGUGGAUUCGGAUACAGCCUAUCAGGCAAAGCCUUUGCUUUUGGCUUUUUUGGGUACUUUUAGAAUGGUCAUUACUUUGUAAAUACCAUGAAUCACAUGAUGAUGGUUCUGCGUGAAUUUAGGUUUUAUCCUCCCUGCCUUCUUUCCCUUUUUCUGCUUUCCUUUUUUUCUCCUUUUUGCUCAAUCUGUCCCUCUGUUUACUUUAUUAAAAAAAAUUUUUUUGAGUGUUUAUUCAUUUUUGAGUGAUAGAGAGCAUGAGCGGGGGAGGGGCAGAGAGCCAGAGAGGGAGACACAGAAUCCGAAGCAGGCUCCAGGCCCUGAGCUGUCAGCACAGAACCCGAUGUGGGGCUCGAAUUCAUGAGCUAUGAGAUCAUGAAGUGAGCCGAAGUUGGACGCUUAACCGACUGAGCCACCCAGGUGCCCCUCUCCUUCUGUUUACGUCUGACAUCUAGGACUUCUGGAAGGUAGUCUCUAAAUUUAGGUAACUAUCUCUACCUAUCUAUCUUUCUAAUUGAAUCUGUCUAAUAUAUUUAUAUCUCUUUAACCUAAUUUACUUGUCUGAAUGUCUGUGUCUGUCUGCUUGUCUGUCUGUCUAUCUAUCUGUCAUCUAUUGGGCAUGGGCCCAAUGCUGAAUAUCUUAACCCUGAUGCCUCUGCUGCCUUGCUGUGAAAUCAAGGUCAGCAUUACCCUGGGCAGAAUGAUCUCUAGGGAUCGUCCUCAUUUCUGGGGGCCUCGGUCGUGCUCAGGUAAGGCCCCGGAUCUGUUGGCACUCUCAAACCCUGUGUGUGCUCUAGACCAGAAAAACAGAGCCACUGCCUUCCUAAACUUUUCACGUGAGAAUCCACUUCAGCCGAAACCUUCUCACUGAGCACGUCCUGAGGAUUCACAGAUGAACGGGACUUAGCCGUGGUGACUGCCCAGUCAGCGGGAGACUUGAGAGAAGGGAGGGAGGGGUAUUCAGAGGGCACGGUCAGACCUUUUCCUAGCCUCCAAGGUGGGCUGAGUGCUGGAGACAGAGCAAGCUUUCAGAGGAGGACUGCAGGGAAUCUUAACCAAAUGAGAGGGAGGAAGAAGUGAAUGGAGAUAGGAUAGUAUAAAAUAGUGUGGUCCACGGCAAGUGGUCUGAUGUACUUAUUAUCAGGCUUCAACCAGUUGGGGUUUCAAAAUAGAGCAGCAUCGGUAUCACCUGGAAAUUGUUAGAAAUGAGAAGUUGUGACCCGCCCCCCCCACGCCUACCCCGCCAACAUUUCAGACCUCUUGAAUCAGAAACUCUGGGGAUGGGGCCCCCCGCAAUCUUUCUGUAAUCCUUCCAGGGGAUUCUGAAGCACGUUUGAUUGAGAACCGCGAGGUACGGCAGUCCUGGAUAGGGGUGCCCUUGAGGUAUUUUAUUUUUUAUUUGUUUUAUUUACUUUAUUUGUUUAUGUUUUAAUUUUUUAAAUGUUUGUUUAUUAUUGAGAGAGACGGAGCACAAGUGGGGGAGGGGCAGAGAGAGAGAGAGAGGGGGGGAGACACAGAAUCCGUAUCAAGCUCCAGGCUCUGAGCUCCAAUCUGUCAGCCCAGGGCCCAACGCAGGGCUUGAAUUCAUGAACCAUGAGAUCCUGACCUGAGCCAAAGUUCGGUACUGAGCCACCCAGGUGCCCUGCCCUUGAAGUAUUUUAAGUGAAGGAGAGACACAGAAAUAUGGAACAGAAAAGGGAAGGCCAGCAGGGUGACACAUGUGAAUCCAGAAAUACUAGAUAAUGGGUGUUAUUACAUAUGAGCACAACAUUUAACUUUGAGCUUCUUAGAGGUUAGGGUGAAAAAGAAAAUCUUGUUGAAUCACUUUAUUUUAUUUUAUUUAUUUUAGAGACAGAACACAUGAGUAGGGAGAGGGGCAAAAGGGGGGAGAGAGAGAGAGAGAGAGGCAGGCGCGGGGGGAGAAUCCCAAGCAGGCUCCACGUUUAGCAUGGAACCCAACAUGGGGCUCAAUCCCAUGACCCUGGGAUCAUGACCUGAGCUGAAACCAAGAGUCGGGCACUCAGCCAACUGCUCACCCAGGCUCCCCUUUUCUUUUCUUUUUCAGUGAUAGGAAGAAAUGCAUUAGAAACAUUUUCCUGGUCCUAAGCCCUAAGAAGUGGGUAUUUAUAGACUUGAUCGUUUUUUUUGUUUUUAAUCUUAAUCUAAUUCUUAUUUUUAAGUGCAAAAACAGAGCAGUGAUACUUUGCAAUGAAAAAAAAUGUUAAAUCUCCUAUAAAACUUUUACAGCUAAUAUGUCUGUACAACCUACAGAUUAUUCAUUAUCCUCGGGACUAUAAUCUAGUUUUCCCAUACAAAUAUAAAUCUCAUGGUCCAUGUCCACGUGGGAGAUUUAAAAGGCUUUCUUUAUAUCCUUAGGCAAAGAUUUUUGUGUAGUUCUAGGAGAAUUUAUGCCCACAGCAUCCUCUUCGGAUGAUAUAAGAAGCCGCCAAGAAGGAGCUUCUCUGGGAGCCUGCUGGAUGCAUGUAUGGACCUUCUCAUGUCAUGCCAUAAAAGCUGUUGACAAUGAACAGUUGUUUUACAUGUUAAAAAUGCUUGGAAGGAAUAUUUCAGGGGAACCUUUUAUAGACUGAAUGUUCUCCCUUAGCUUUUCUUAAGCAAUGCCCAGCAGAGUCCAAUCCUGUUGUGUUGUUCAUUUUGCUUACAAAGUUAGCGACUUUUUUUUUCCCCCUGUGCAUUUGUUUCCACCGAUACCUCCUUUCUCACAGUGACUUAGGGAAACGAAUUAAUGAGAGUCGAAAUAGGACCCAUCGGCAGCGUUGGAACACGUGUUUCUGGACUCCAGUAACUGAGACGGUAGAAAAGUUACCCACACGAUAUUUGGCAGCUAGUUAGGUAUGCCUUCCUAGAACAAUCUUGAGAAAAUAUUUUUGCCCUGCCCUUCUUUUUCAUUUCUGUCUCUUAACAAAAAUUUUUUUUUGGUGUUUUGUCAUACCCAAGGGAGUACUUCGGAUAAUGACUUUGCGGUAUCCGUCAGCAUAGUGUGUUCCGGAGAGGGGCACAGCUAGCUGUAAUGUUGCUUUUGAUGACUACAGGCUGUGGCCCCGGCUCCCGGACGGCAUGCUACUCCUUCCAAGCUCUUUCUUAACUCUUAACCUCCUUGCCAUUCUUCCUGGCCCACGACAGAGAGGAGGCACUUGGCUGACAGGCCUGUCAUUUCUGGGUUUUCUUUCGCAGCCAUGCCAAGAGACCAGAGUCCAUAUCUCCAUCUUCCCGGCAUGCCACUUGGCCCAAAUCCUUAAAUAAUGGAUGUGGCUAAGCUGUAAUCCAUUUUCUAUGUCCCAGGAAUGACAAACCAUUCUCUGUUUUGAGAGCCUAUUCCUGGAUCAGAAACUUGUGAAGAUUUUCCGCCUGUUGGGAGUGGAAGGUCCACAGCUCUUACCUUCAGUCCUGUUCUCUUUUUUCCCCCCCUUCCUUCCUUGUCCCCGGGAUUGUCAUGACCCGGAAGUGAAUUGUUUCUGCAGCUUUUCAUUUUUUCUGAAAGUCAGUCCGUUUCAAAGUUAAAUAUUGAACCUCAGGGGCACCUUGGUGGCUCAUUUGGUUGAGUGUUCGACUCUUGAUUUCAGUUCAAGUCAUGGUCGCAAGGUCGUCGGAUGGAGCUCUGAGUCGUGCUUUACAUGGAGCAUGGAGCCUGCCUGAGAUUCUCUCUCUUUCUCUCUCUCUCUCUUUCUCUCUGUCCUUCCUUUCCUCUCCCCCACUCUCGUGCACACACUCUCUUUCUAAAAUUAAAACAUAAAUAAAUAAAAAAAUAAGUAUCAUACCUCGUAUUCACCAGUAAUAACGAACGUGUGUGCUUCAGAUGGAAGUUAUGAUUUCUGUCCAGAAGAAGGGUGUGGAUUUGGUGGGGUGGGGGGCCAAGGAAGAGAGAGAGAGCCUAUGAAUGAAACAACAUAGAAAUAGUAAAAGGUUCUGAUCCCUUUGGGAGGAAGGAGAAAAAUAGCAAAACCCUGAUGUACUAUAUUUUAUCCUUUAUGUCGGCUGAGAAAUUAGGGUCAGGACCCAGAAACUUUGCUCUAUCUCCUGGUGUUUGUUUCAGCUCAGGUGGGCUGGGCUUCUCCUUUGAUGGGUCAUUUCCUUGUCUCCCUUCACAUUCCAGGCUGCAUUAAGAUGACAAAUUUCACUUAUGGGCUCAGGCACAGACGUGAAAACCUGAGCUAUGGAGCUAACAGGGUGAGUGCAGAGGAGUGGAUUUAUUGGCGGGAGAAAGGGAUUGUUCCAAGAGCACAGAUUUGGGGAGCCAGGCCCUGCAUCAGAGAGUACACAGGAUGGCCCGGACAGUACCCGCCUCUCCCCCAUCAGCCCUGGUCUGAGGCCUCAUCACUUGCCCCAAGGCUGAAGACACAUGUUAAAGUAAUUACGAGACUUCUUUAAAGCACACACACACACACACACACACACACACACACUCCAGAAUAUGUUGUUCGUAGAUGUGCAACUUUAUUUGGACAUCACCUGAAAGCAGGUUUUGCAGAAAAGAUUGAGGGCGAAAUACGUAGAAUAAAGGCCUUGUGUUCUUUUCUGUCUGUGAACUCCGCAAUAAAUAGCUCACUUCUCCUACCCUGCCUUUAGUGAGGAGAAAAAAAAAAAUCUUGGACAGCAAAGAGCAAGUCCGUCACAUCAAACAUGACUGCGUUAAAUACUAAAAUGUUCAAAGUCCAACUGAGAUAGAUAAAGGCUUUGAUGGAAAGUGGAUAUUUCCCAGGGACAUUACAAGCAAUAAUCCAGAUGUUAUGCUGUAAUGCAACGAGUGUCGUGGAUAGAUCAGGAGAUCCAGCCAAGCCGCGCCUGAUGUAGGCCUUAGCCUUGCCCUCCCAUGCUGUUCCGCCAUAUGGAACCUAUCUCUCGGCCCUCUUAAUAACCAGCUUUGGAUUCCAUUUUCACAGAGCUCAUAGAGCUAAGUGGGGCUGUUUUAUGGACAAGUUAGAUAGAAGCCUUUCCAAGAUAAACAUCCAAUUUGAAAUUAGGACAUACCAAGCCACAAAAUUAUUUUAGGGCAUAUUUCAUGGAAGCCCUGCCAUUUUUCUUAGGCAAUUGCCAGACUGGAGGAUGCCCUUUGAUCCCAUGUGGACAUUACUCCCUUCUUUAUAAAAAGGAUUUUGAAAUAGUUGCAGUGUUUAGGGAGGAAUAUAUCUGUCGGAACUUUGAAGCAUGGCCAUGGGACAGGUCAUGCUUUAGCUUGUUGGUUGGCAAGUCAAACUUUAAGAAGAAAAAAGAAAAAAAAAAAGGGAAUUGUAGCCGGAUAUAUGAAUCAAAAUCUCAUUUUCGUUUUAAAGAUAGAAGUUUUCAGCCCGUGUGCUUAAUAAGCUAUAAAAUGUACUCGGUGUAUCCACAUCUACAUGCUCAAAUAUAAAUUUAUAAACACAUACGCAUAUAUGUUUGUAUAUGUGUCUGUUGAUGUACUGUGUCGGCGUGUGUUGUGUUUAAUUAACAUGAAAUCGCUUGACUUUAAUACUUUCAUAAGGCUUUUUUUAUUGAAUAUAUUCUCUCCACAACCAAACUGGAAAUAGAACUUCCGAAAGAAUCGUUCAUGUUCUCCAGAGGAGAGGGAUUUUUUUUUUCUUUUUAAAAUGAAUUAUUUUCCCUUGCCCCCUCCCUGCUCUGUCUCAGCACCUCCAAAACUCGUGCGUGCGUGCGUGCGUGCGUGUGUGUGUGUGUGCAUUUUAAGAGAAGAGCAGCGCAGAUGUGAAGCUUGAGAGUGUAGACUUCCUUGAAUGUGCUUUGCUUAAGGUCGUCAUAAAAUGAUCAAAUGCUUGGUGGCUUGUUGCCGCACCAUUUAUUAAGACUGGUGGAGUAACGUGUUGGAUGAGGUAAGCUGGUAUAUAAUUAAUACGGUUCUGACAUACCAUUUGUUGUGAUAAAUUGUGACUAACUGGUGUCCGAGCGAAUUGGUGUCUGAAUGAUCUCGAAGAUGUAUUGAGUAGAUGACAGGAACGAAUAUAUAGUGUUAGAAAUUCACGGCUUUACUAUGGUACUUUAUGCCAUUUACAUUCUCCAGUCCAUUUAUUUCUCCUUCAAAUACACCCGCCUCUGCUCGUGCCAUUUCACGUGUCGAGCGGCAAACGUAGAUCAACUCCACCAACUCAGUGCGGCGUGCGGAUCGGGUGGGGAUCCUCAUGCAGGCAAACCAACCAUAAAAAAAGACACGGUGGAGACCUUCAGGGAAAUGUGACUCUGUGCUGGGUGUCUAACGAUAUUAAGGGAAUUAUGGUUAUCUGUGUUGAAUGUGGUCACGGCAGGGUGCUUCUGUAAAAACACAUGUGGGUUUUGCUUUCAACUCUUUCAGCCCGAGAAAAAGAGUGAAGGGCUAGAUGAAGUCAGAUGGGCGAAAGGUGGAAUCAGAUGGAUCCGCACGUGGAGAUUUAUAUACCAUGCUCUCUGCCUUUGUGCGUGUUUGGAAAUUUCCAUAGUGGAAAUUAAAAAUAAAGUGUGCGUGUCCUCUUUAUAAUUUAAUAAUCGGGGAUGUUUGCUCUCCUCUACAUUCUGUUUAGGGUGUGUGUGAGUGUGCAUGGGUAGUAUAAUUUAGAAAAGGAAAAAAAAAAAAAACAAAGAAGUUAAGAGUUACCCAAUCUCUACUGGAUCCCAGGCGCCGUGCUAAGGACGUUAUACAUCCUUCUCCUCCCUGCAGAUCUGCAAAGCGCAUUUGCCUGGCUGGCUGCUUCCAGGCUGUAUCUGGAGUUGUGCAUCUCACUGUGGUGUUGGGCAUUUUAGGAGCAGCCCAAGGAAUAAAGGGAAGUGUGGACAGAUUGGAGUGUGAAGGAUAAAUUCAAAACCAUUAUUGCUAAAUGCCCAGAGGUAUUUUGUUUCCCUGCAAAGCAAUGCCUCGCUCCUGUCUCUCUGUUCCCAGAAUGCCUUUCUUCCCUUCCUUCUAUUAAAAUAGCUGAAGGAUUCCUACCACGGAGCGCAUCUGGGUGGGAGGAUAGGCCAGGGCCAAAUCCAAGCGUUGUUCCUAAUCAUCCUUCACUAUACUUUAGAAGUCCAGGGCUGGAGAAGGAAACCACAUAACUGUGCCUGCAGGUUGGCCAAAUCCCGAAGACGAGUAACACUUUCAGCAGCUAGGGAGUGCGAUUCCUGAUCCCCAUACUGCGAGCUGGAAUUUCUGUGAUCACCAAAGUCACACUCAGGAAUUAUCAGCACGUUGAUCUGUCCUCUUCUUUCUUUGCUUUAGUCCUCUUUGAUACGCAACUUGCGACUCUCAGAGUCCUUGAAAAAGAACCAACUCUGGAAUGGGAUUAUAAGUAUAACCUUGUUGGAAGGGAAGAAUGUAUCAGGAGGAAGCAUGACAGAAAUGUUUGUCCAGUUAAAACUGGGAGACCAGAGGUAUAAAAGUAAGGAUGGGCAUUUUGGACAUUGAAGUGUGGGGAAAGGACAGCAGAAAGCACGAGGAACGUCUGGGCACGUGUAAAGUGGAUAUCGCAGCGCUGCCUCUGAAGCAAGCCAACUGCUUGGAGCUGCCCCUGGAGAGCUGCCUGGGGGCCCUCCUGAUGUUGAUCACGCUCACUCCCUGUGCUGGAGUCUCCGUCUCUGAUCUGUGCGUGUGCCCCUUAGCAGACCCCAGCGAGAGAAAGCAGAUUGUCCAGCGAUAUUGCUUACAGAAUUCCCUGAAAGAUAUGAAGGACGUCGGCAUUUUACAAGUGAAGGUCUUAAAGGCAGUAGAUCUCUUAGCAGCGGAUUUCUCAGGGAAGAGCGAUCCUUUUUGCUUGUUGGAGUUAGGCAAUGACCGACUUCAGACACACACCAUUUACAAAAACCUCAACCCUGAGUGGAACAAAGUUUUUACAUUUCCUAUUAAAGAUAUCCAUGAUGUUUUGGAAGUGACAGUGUUUGACGAAGAUGGAGAUAAACCUCCUGAUUUUCUUGGAAAAGUUGCCAUUCCCUUGCUGUCCAUUCGAGAUGGACGGCCAAAUUGCUACAUACUGAAGAAUAAAGAUUUAGAACAAGCUUUUAAAGGAGCUAUUUACUUGGAGAUGGACCUCAUAUAUAAUCCGGUCAAGGCGAGUAUUAGGACCUUUACUCCCAGAGAAAAGCGCUUUGUUGAAGAUAGCCGCAAGCUGUCCAAGAAGAUCUUAUCAAGAGAUGUAGACCGUGUGAAAAGAAUCACCAUGGCAAUGUGGAAUACAAUACAGUUCCUUAAAAGCUGUUUCCAGUGGGAAUCCACGUUAAGAAGUGCAGUAGCGUUUGUGGUAUUUUUGGUCGCCGUCUGGAAUUUUGAACUGUACAUGAUCCCCCUGGCCUUAUUACUCCUCUUCAUCUACAAUUUCAUCAUUCUCACAAAAGGGAAGACGGGCAGCAUCCAGGACAGCCAGGAGAGCACAGACGUAGACGAAGAGGAGUAUGAUGAUGACAAGGAAUCCGAGAAAAAGGGGUUAAUUGAAAGAAUCUAUAUGGUACAGGAUAUUGUUUCAACUGUUCAAAACAUCUUGGAGGAAAUAGCUUCUUUUGGAGAAAGAAUUAAAAACACGUUUAACUGGACGGUCCCAUUCCUUUCCUUCCUGGCCUGCCUGAUCCUGGCAGUGGCCACCGUCACUUUGUAUUUUAUUCCACUCCGGUACAUCGUUUUAAUCUGGGGCAUAAAUAAAUUUACUAAGAAGCUUCGAAAUCCCUAUGCCAUCGACAAUAAUGAGCUGUUAGACUUCCUCUCCAGGGUACCAUCUGAUGUUCAAAAGGUGCAGUACGCCGAACUGAGACCCUGCAGCAGCCACAGCCCCCUUCGGAAGAAGCGCAGUGCCGUCUAGGACACGCGCCAACUCUGGCCACCGGCACCCGAUUCCCUGUGGGGUCGGUGAGACCCGUGAUGUCUCUGUUCCACCGGUGGUCCCCACGGUGUCUUUCCAAAACACGUGCUGUGUGGAGCCCUCCCCCUCUUCUCCCCGCUUCUCCACGGGCACCGAUUGCACACGUGUGCUCACGUCCACGCACACGGGUGUGCCGGUUGCGUAGCAGGUCAGCCCCUCGCAAGGAAACAAGCCAGAGACCGUUAAAGACUGAUGUCCCUUCUCCCGUAGAAGGUAAUGUAAGGCUGUCAAGGGUCUCAACAGCCUCCUUGAAAACAGCCGGGAGUCCACCUGGAUUCAAGAGGGACUUUGAACUUGUUAUGGUACCUCCACCAGAUUCUCCUGAAGAUCCGGUCAUGUCCACUCCCGUCUGCACACUCCUUUCAGAUUGUUGUUCACAUGAGGCAGUCGGUUUUUCCCAGUUAGCAAAUCCCUGGUAGCCAUCGUCUCCCCACAUAGUAUAUAUCAUGCAUAGAUUUUUAAAUAAUGACCCAGAUCAGCUCAAGUCUUUGUGGGAGUCUUUCAGCCGGGAUUACUGAAGACCCGUAUGGAAAAUUGUGGUCAACACCUCGGCGCUGGAUGUCAGCCUCUUUCACCGUCCAUUGCUGGCAAUGGAAGGCCCCAGAAAGUCCAAAGGGACCACUCGUCCAAAAAGCGAAGGUUUCAGUGAGAGUAUUUGGUUGCCUUAAAAACGCCAUUUCUUCUGACUUGACUUCGCUUUAUUUCCAAAAUAAAAUGUCAAUAUUAUAGCUGCAGGACGCGGGGGAUGAAUGAAUGAAUUCUGAAAGUAUUUAGAAAGAAAGGUGAAGGCUGGGGAGCAAGGGACUAACGAAUGAAGGUGGACCGCUCACCUGAUUGUCGUAAUCCCUUCAUUCGCCCGCAUUUGGGGGCAGAAGGUAAAAAUAAGGCAGCAGUCCAAAAUGAUCUUUCGUUCCUGAGCAAAAUAAUCUGCAUGUAAUACAUCUAUAUCUCAGAACCGCGUUCCUAGAAAAGCAUCAUCCCCAAAUCCUGAAUAGUAUCUGAUGCCUACAGCCCCCAUUUCAUAGUACCCCCCCCCAGGUAAAAACCCCGAUUUUGUGCAUAUAUAAAAUGUAUGCCAAUACUUUAUGUUCAAAUGAUAUUUAAGUUGUAACGACCGUAUUUUGUUGACACAUACUUUGUGCAGUUUUAUAUAUAUAUAAAAUAUAUAUAUAUAUGUAUUGUAAAGCAAAGCCGAGGUAAAAAAAAAACAGAUUUAAUAGUGAGGUUUGCUAUUUUUUUUUCCUCUCUGGGUUGUAAUUUAAUAAUCUUCAAACAAAAUGUUUAUGAAAAAUGCCAAAGAUUCUAAACCUUAUCAUCCCGUGUCUGUUUUUCUUCAUAUUAUAUCUUCCUGGGUUUCUUUCUGGCUGAGCCAGAUUUCUGCAUGAUUUGAUUUGCUUCAAGUUAAUGAAGCUGGCUGGAAAAGAGCCUUGCAGAAAUUAUAAAAGCUCCAGUAAAUCUCUUAGUUGUACAUACAAUAGAUAUCCAAGAACCUCUUUUGUGAAACCAGUUACUCAAUCUUCUGUGUAAACAAUGCCUCAUUGUCUCACUCCCGACUAUCAUGUAGUUUAUCAUAGUCUGUCAUUUUGUAACGACCUAAGUCAGACAUUUUUAAACAGACAUGUGAGAUCUGAUAAGUCAUUCGAACGAAAACUUUCAGCAAGCAAAAUAACCCCUUAUUUAUUUUUAAAAGUAGCACUGAUACUUUAUUGUUGUUCUUUGGCUAUACAAUUUCAAAAUGAAAUAAUUUGUCCAACAAGGAGCCAUCAUUAGCGACUCUUACUCCCUCUGUAACCCAACAGGAAUUCAGAGCGUUAAGUUUAGGAUGCAGACAGCAGCUGGGAUUCGGGACCGAAUCAACCUUUAAUAAACUGUCAAUGGAAAACAAGUGUUAAUUGAUUAAGGAGGCUUUGAAGGUUAAAAAUGUUAGUUGUAAGGGGAAUGUGAAGACUUGUACAAGUAAUCAAACUCGGAUGAAAGAUUCCAGAAUGCUUUAUAUAAAAUUUAUGGAUUGUGGAUUCACAGUACGAUCAUUAAAGAUAAUUUAGUAGGAAUGUUGAAGUUUAGCCAAGCUCUCCUGGUUCUCUUCUCAAACCUCACGCUCCUGUUUCCAGCCCUGCCUGGAUGUCUUAAAGGCGUCUAUCCCUCGGUGGGUCAGAAUCUCCAUUAUUGCUCCCUUGAUGUGUUCAGGACUCCUAAUGUCACAGUCUCCUUCUCGUUUCCUUAUUUCCCUUACUGGCACUGGCAUCUUCUGGGCUGGGAGACUCUGGGCAUCCCAUUUGUUGUUACUUAUGUUAUUUCCCACGCUUCCCAACCCACAAAUUUGUAGAUCCAGUGUUGACUGUUGUGUUAUCUUGUCCAUUUCUGAUCACCACCCCCUAAGCCAAGGCCUCCAUAACCUCUCACGAGUCACGGCGAUUACAUUAUGCCAGAUUAAACCUCAUUCCGACUGUUCUUUUCACCAGGAAUACUUUCAGGUUUCUGAAAUUCUACCUUCCUUUAUGUUUUUUUAAAUGCUUGUUGGGGCGCCUGGGUGGCUCAGUCGGUUAAGUGGCCGACUUCGGCUCAGGUCAUGAUCUCGCGGUCCGUGAGUUCGAGCCCCGCGUCGGGCUCUGUGCUGACAGCUCAGAGCCUGGAGCCUGUUUCAGAUUCUGUAUCUCCCUCUCUCUGACCCUCCCCCAUUCAUGCUCUGUCUCUCUCUGUCUCAAAAAUAAAUAAACGUAAUAAAAAAAAUAAAUAAAUGCUUGUUUAUUUUGAAAGAGAGAGAGCAUGAGCAGGGAAGAAGGGGGGGUGCGGGGUGGGUAGAGAAUCCCAAGCAGGCUCUAUGCUCAGCGAGGAGCCCAACACAAGGCCUGAUGUCACAACUGUGAGAUUGUGACCUGAAUCGUUAUCAAGAGUCACCAACUGAGACACCCAGGUGCCUGAAUUCUACCCUUCUUUAAAAGUUUCAAAAGUUUCCUGCCCCAAAUAGGCUUUCUCUAACAUCCUUGUCUGAAUUACAUUCCACCCUUCUCUCUUGUUCCCUCACAUCUUCUAUAUCUUUCUGGCAUUUGCCCUAUUCUGCUAUAGCUCGUAGUUACCAGAGGCUUUUGACCCCAGCUGUCCUCCACUGAUGGAGCACCCUGUCUGGCACCUAAUAGACACUCAGGAAAUACAAGAUUAAUUGAUUGAGUCAUAGUCGACUUUUCUUCUCUGCCCUUUUCAUGUAUACAGAGGGCUGAUCUGGGUAGAUUAGCAUGGUCGAUCAGAGGAAGUAAUUUCUUGCAUUUAGUGCAUAGCUUAUAUUGUGUGAUAUUAUUUAUAAGCUCUGGCAUGCCCACUAUAAACAUUUAAAUGAUGUCUUAUAUUGGUGAAGUCAUUAUUACCUAUAUAUCACAGGAAAAUAUAUUUGUGCAUGGUAAAAAAAAAAAAAAAACCCAAAAACUUUCUGAUUCUUUUUCUUGUCAUUUAUCACUUCAUGAACAUAUACUGAAUACUGAUGACCUACCUGAACAAAACAGACUACGUUCCUUUGGUAAAAGCCGGCGUGAAACAGAUACCUUUCAAAAGGGGCAUGAUGUUUGUAGAUUCAAGUUUGAAAAAGAAUAUUCUGGCUGCAGUGGGUAGACUAGCAAUUAUGAAUGUCCACGGAAGAGCCAACUUGAAGUCUUGAUAAAUUGAUGGGCCUUCAAAUAGUAUCAAUGGGAAAAAAUACAAGUGAAAUUCUGAAAUUGUGAGAUGGGUAGGAGAAAAAAUGAGCAGAGCUUAUCAGUUGCUUGACUAUGGGGUGAGGGAAAGAGUAGAGACAAAGAGGGCACUCAGUCUGGUCAUUGUUGGGUCUGGGAAGAUGGUAUGUGCUAAGAGAGAAUUAUAGGAGCAGCCAUGAAAGGAACAGCUUGAACCUGGUUUUAGAAGAUGUUGAAUUUGAGGUAGCUGAUGAGGCUUCAAAAGGGGAUCUCAAACAGAUGCCAAUAUAUAUGCUUAAGGGUCAACAUUCAUAGAAAUGAUUGAAGUCACAUGCUUUGAGAAAUUGACUCAAUACUCAAAAAGUCCUGUAAAGAUGAGUCCACCUAGACUAAAUAGAAAUAUUAAACAAGAGAAAAAGCAGUAGGCAUACACUGUCAUAGAAUUCAACUGGUGGAGUGUAUUCCAAGAAAACAGGUGUGGUCUAUAGUGCUAACUACCACUGAGAUCACAUCAGUUGAGGACAGAAGAAUGACCUUUAGUUCACAGCAUGGCAACUUGUGGAGACCGUGGUGAUGAGUCAUUUCAGUUGAAUGGUAAAAAAAAGGAAACCAGAUUUGGGUUGAGAAAUGAGUAGCCGUAGGAAAAUGGAGGCAGCCUGGCAGUAACCCUUGAAAAAUUCCACUAGAAGGAGAGCAGGGAGAGAGCACAGUGACUCAUAAUGAAAGAAGGGGCAUGGAAUUAUUAAGGAAAAAAAAUUAGAUGUCAUGAACUCAGUGUAUACCUAUUCACAACAAAAAACUCUUCAUUAGUACAAGAUGGAAUGAUCUGUAUCAUUUAAAACUACUCUUGUCAAAACCCACCUCUCUUUUGUGUAGUAUCAGUCUAACUUUUAUGGUAGUAAAAUGGUGAGGAAAUCAAAAUAGAGUAUCUUCUGAAAAUGUUACGAGUAUCAAUGGAUAAUUGGAUCAAUGUUGACAGGUUACACUUAAAGAAUGGCAUAAAGCACAUUGCUUCUUUAUGGAGGUCUCUUUGUAUAAAGCCUGCUCCUCUGGCAUUUUAAUGUGGUGAUUUACACGGGGAAAAUGGAUAGUUAGCAUUUUAUACCAUUUAUUAAUUACCAGGUACUUCCUAUAUGCUUUAGAUGUAAUAAUCAUGUAAUUAACAACAAAAACAGUGUUAUGAAAUUAAAUACUUAUGGAAAGAAUAAUCUCAUGCAAACUGUCCCAGAAAAUAGUAAAAAAAAAUAAAAAAUAAAAAAAAUAACACUUUUCUACAUAUUUUAUGAGGCCAAUAUAAUCCUCACUCCAAUAUCCAGCAAGGUGAUACAAGGAUAGAAAAUGACUUACCAAAAUCCCUUAUGAAUAUAAAUACAAAAUUAUGGAAGAUGUGUAAGCUUCUACAUUGAAAACAUGAUUGAGAGAAAGAAGAUAAAUAAAUGUAAGGCUUCGCGCAUUAGAAGAUUCAGUAUAUUAAGAUGUCAAGAGAUUAAAUAUAAGCCCAAUAAAAAUCAUAACUUUUGCAGAAAUUAAUCAGCUGAUUCUAUAAUUACAUGGAAAUGCAACAAUCCAAGAAUAGUCAAAGCAAUCUUGCAGACGAUUAACACUGGCAGAUAGCAAAAUGUAUUAUAAAGUUAUUGUAACUAGACAAUGUGCUAUAGGGACAAGUGUAGACAAAUAGAUUAAAGAAGUAGAAAAGAUCAGGACACCCACACAUAUUUGGUUAACCUCUCACCCAAGUUACGUCAAAGGUAACGUAUUUUCAGUGUGGGAACAGCCUGCAGUGUAGGGAAAAAACCUUUCUGAAAAAUGACACUGGGUCACUUUAGUAUCCACAUGGAUAAAAUAAAUACUGACUCCUGCUCUAUUCUCAUGAAAAUCAAUCCUGUAUGAGUUGCAAAUCCUAAAAGCGGAAGGCAAAAUAGAUUUCAGACAUAGACAUAUGAAAACGAUUUCACGUCUAUGUGAUAAGCAAAGAUGUCUUAAAUGGAAAACAAAAGGCUAAUCAUAAUGAGAAAAUACUGAUAAAUUGGAGAUCAUUAAAAUUAACUUUUUCCUCAAGAAGUAUGGUUAAGAGAGUAAAAGGAUUAAGCCACAGAGUGAAAAGCAAUCCAUAAUCUCUGUAUAUAAUCUGGCAAAGAAUUCUAUCCAGAAUACAAAAAGAUUUUCUACAAUGACAAGGCUGAAAACACAAUACAAAAAUGGGCAAAAGACUUGAACAGUCACUUCACCAAAGAGCCUAUCCAAAUGGCCACUAAACAUAUAAAAAUGUGCUCGACAUCAGUAGUCAUCAGGCAAAUGCAAAUUGGAACCUCUGGAAAAUGAUAUUACACAUAGCCAAAAUGGCUAACAUGAAAAUUCAAGUGUUUUUAAGGAUAUGGAAAAACAAAUUCCUAUAUACUGCUGGUGAGUGAGAACAUAAAUUGGUAAAAGCAAUUUGGAAAAGAAGUAUCUAUUAAUGUUAACCAUAUGCAUGCCCUAUGACCCUUCCCCCAGUUUCACUCUUAAGUAUAUAACCAACAGAGGUGUGCAUGCAUUGGAUAAAAGAUGGGCCCGAGACUAUUUAUAGCAGCACUCCUUGCAUAAUUCCAAAAACAGAAACAGUAUAUAUUCAUCAAUAUCUGGGACAAUCAAUUGCUUAUGACUCUACAAUGAAAUACCAUACAGAAAUGAAAUGAAAAACGAAUGUUGCAUGCAACAACAUAGGUACCUUUCACAAAUAAGACUCAACAAAAGAAACAAGACACAGCACAAAUAAGUGCCAUGAAA